GCUGACACGGAGAUUAACAGUUGGCGAGUGAACGCACACAGAGAAUGUCGACAACGGCAACGGUGAUUGUGAUCUCAGUUUGGAUGUGCCUGGUGCUGGCUAAGGCGCAGGAUGUGUCCAUUGAGCUGACACUGCAGCGAGGCGUCGUAGCGGAGAGGACAUUGCGUGCAGCGAUCGAGGAAAAGCUGCCGCCCACGGCAGAGGCCCAGCAGGAUGGCGCCUAUGUCUUGGACACAUUUCUGGUGGGACUGAAGGGCUGCGAGACGCAGCUGAGGGCCAACAAGCAGGUCGCCGAGUACAACAACUGCGUGAGCACACUUCAGGGCCUGGCCAUGGCCUCCGUGGGCGAGCUGGCCGGCCAGCACUGGGCCAGGUCGGGUGCGUCACGCCCGACGCUUUUCUGGUAGUGGAGUGGGCGCCACAUGCAAUUAUCUGUCAAGUAAUUGAAAUCCAGAGCCGGCUGUCACAAAUAAAUGCUCGAUCCAGACGCA